CGAGGAGCGGAUUCCCUGGCGCGCCCCCAGGACCUUCCCGGGAGGGACCCCGGACCUCGGCUCGCUCACCGCGGGGACAGACAACGACCUGCUGGCCUUGCGGAUAAAGUCUCUUGCAGAAAAAACUUUGGAGCCACAGUGGGAAGGACCGUUCCAGGUGCUUCUCACCACCUUCACUGCAGUUAAAAUCAAGGAACAGAGCGCCUGGAUUCACCAUUCUCGAGUGAAGAAGGCUCCAGAAACUCCUUGGAAAGUAACCCCGGGUGACAAUGAACUGAAAUUAAAACUUACUCGGGCAUAAUGAAUACAUUGUGGUUGAGAAUAUUCCAUAAUUUAGCAUACAGGAAUCCAAUCAGUAGAAUUGUUUUGUUUGUUUUGCCUGUAGUUAUAAGUGUAACCCAAGAAUUGGAAAGCGUCUCUAACCAGAAAAAUGCUGAAUGGCCUUGGUCCCAGGCUUUCAUUCAGUAUACUGGAUCCAUGGGAAAUUAUUCCGACAUAAAGGAUUUAAACCUAUCAACCGUGGUUAUGCAUGAAAACCAGAUAUAUGAAAGGCGAGAAUGGCAGAAACAAAAGCUGUGGACCCUUCAAGGGACUAUAGGGGAGGUAGUCAGAGUAGGAUGCCGAAUGAUUAACGGGACUAACUAUGAAAAGGCAAUUCAAAUUAGUGUCUCGACUUCUCCUGCAGAUUAUCACCGGGAAAUUUGUGAUCGUCUAAGUAAAUCGGACUGUUGGUAUAAUUUUACGUUAGUACAGACGGUGAAUGUGAUCUGCCUUUGGGGUCGUGGUAACAAAGGGCUCACAUUUAAAUUUAAAAUAACAACUACACCUAUUGCAACAACCAAAUCAACUGUAACCCAAGCUCAGACCACACCACCUAAAAUUGAACACAAAAUUUAUGAAAUUGGCCCAUAUGUAAUAAGGAAUACGGGGCAACAACAACUGUUAUUUAAUCCAGAGUGGUCUCUUAAGCGUAUUGAAGUACUAAUGCAAACAAACAUUUCUGAGAUUCAGCCAGCCUGUUCCUCUUUUCUAAGAACAUCAUCCGAGGGCUGGACAACAUGGUUACAAAAGCAAGUACACUUCAGAGGCAGAAUGAGAAGAGAUUUAACUGGAAUAUUAGGAACAGGAUUGGGGGUCUUAAAUGGAAUCGAUUCAGAAAUAUUAAUGAACAAAUUAGCCACUGCCACAAAUGAUUUGGUAAAACUAAGACAACCCCUGCAAUCCUCUUUAUUAGCACUAGGAACUAGCCAAUGGGAAAUUUCCAAAAUACUACCAAAGUGGAAAGAAGCUGAGGACCAGGACCAUAAGCUAAUAAUAAACGCACUAAAUAUAGCCCAAAACAAUGUGUCGUUAGCCCUCAGCUGCAUACAGGCACAAUUAUGGAUACAAUCAAUUGUUGCUCUAGUAGUAAGAGAGGGAAAUGAAGGUACUUUUCCAAUUGAAAUUCGGAAGAUUGUCUGGGACAAUGCAAGCAACCUAGAAAGAAAACUUCAGUCUUGGUGGACUCUGGUAAAUUUUACCUAUGACCCUACCACCGAAAUAGCUACUACUUUUGUACUGACUAUACGCAAUGCCACAAUUUAUAAUAUCCACCCUAUUAUUGCAUUAGGAUUAAAUCAUGAAAAAAACAGUGCUCUACCCCUCAGAACAUAG